CAGGGGCGUGCGCGUUUGCAUGAUGGUGGUGGGCGGGCUCCUUUUUUUUUUUUCUCUGGGGCCUUGCACUCGGCCAUGCUUUAUCAUCCCAUCCAGACCGAGAUAUAAAGCGAGCCUGAACUUUCGUUGUCAGCUUUUGUUUUUUUUCCCUCUUCUUUCUUCCCAUCAACCCACAGCCGAACAAUUCCAUUCGUUAAAACUCUCCAAACUCUUUUACCAAAAACCAACCAAAAUCUAAAACCCCCAAACCACCACAAACAACCUUCAAAAUGCGUGCUGCUGCUGUCGUCGCUAUCUUCGCUGCCACCGCCAUGGCCCAGACUGGCGGCACUGCCUCUCCCACCAACGGCACCAGCGUCACCCAGACUGGCAAGCCCACCUCUGCUCCCACCAACGGUGCCAGCUCCCUGUCUCAGAACAUCCUCCUCGGUGUCGGUGCCGCCGCCGUCUUCGCUGCCAACCUCUAAGCGACUCGCGCCCCUUGCUUGGCUUUCCACUGCCUUGAGGAUCUAAGGGUCGUGUUGUGAGCUUUUCAGGAAACCGGGAGGAACAAGGAAACUCGGAGGGAUGGGGAAUUGAAAGAAAAAAACAAGUGG